AAUCACAAAAGUCAAAAAGAGCAAAAAAAUUGAAAAAAAGAGUUUUUGACUUUGUAUAAAGUACACAUAUAUAUUUUCCUUGUUUGACAAUAGCCAAAGUCUCUUCUUUUUCUUGAACUGAAGAAGUUAGGUUUACUUCGUCUCUGCUAGAGUACGGCAACAGUGGUUGUACCUUUUUUACCUUUUCCAGUUUUGUACUUGCCAUUUUAUCCCAAGAAUGGUGUCGGAUUCUGUGUUAAUUGAACGGCUCCGGCAAAUACUAACAGUUUCUGACCUUGAAACUGCCACUGCCGGGACUGUUCGUCGGAUGCUUGAGGAGGAAUUUGGGGUUGAUUUACUUGAUAGGAAAGCGUUUAUAAGGGACCAAAUCGAUGUUUUCCUUCGAAUCCAUGUUCAAGAAACUCCAAAUGAUGACGCACAAGAAGUAGAGGAUGUGAAGGAAGAGGAAAAUGGUGAUUCUUGUUCAGAGGGAGAGGAAGAAUUAGUGGAGAAUGACAAUUCUAAUGAUACGGGUUCAAAGAAGAAAGCUAGGUCUGAGAAAGUGAAUGGAGAAGAAAAGAGAAAAGGGGGCUUUAACAAACCAUGUGCACUUUCUCCACAGCUUCAGAAAUUGGUUGGCGAACCAGAACUUGGCAGACCAGAGGUCGUCAAGAAGAUUUGGGCCUAUAUCCGGGAGAAGAAAUUACAAAACCCACAGAACAAGCGGAAAAUUUUGUGUGAUGAUGUUUUGAGUGGAAUUUUUCGGGCCAAAGCAAUAGACAUGUUCCAGAUGAACAAAGUGCUAUCCAAGCAUAUUUGGCCCAUAGAUGAGAAAGAUGCCGCUGAAGUCAAAUCUUCUGUGAAGAGGACACAGAAACAAGGCAGAGAAGAAGCUUUAGAUGAGCCAAAGCAGAAAGAGAAAAGGCAGAAAGGUGGAGGAUCUGGCUUUCUUGCUCCAGUUCGAUUGUCAGAUGCUCUUGGGAAAUUCUUUGGCAAUGGUGAAAAUUCCUUGCCGCGAGCUGAGGUUAUCAAGCGAAUAUGGCAAUAUAUAAAAGAAAAUGAGCUGCAGGAUCCAUCCAAUAAGAAGACAAUUAUCUGUGAUGAACGGUUGAAAGAACUAUUUCAAGUUGAUUCGUUCCAUGGCUUCACAGUUUCGAAACUGCUGACUGCUCAUUUUAUCAAAUGAGAAGACUGAUAUUGUGGUCUGCUUGCAGUUGGCAAUGAGAGUAAUUUGUCUUCUAUCUGGCCAUGUUUGUGGUUCCUCUUUCUUAGUUUCUAUGGUUUUCAGGUACAGUCAUUUAGCCAUAGUAUAGGAAUAUAUGAUCUUGAAUGUUAGCAAAAUACCUAUUAAUCUCAACCCCUUCUGCCAAUGCAAAAGAUAAAAUGAAGAAAGCAAAGUUGUUGUCCUUCCUGGGACUCCGAUAAAAUUGGAGCAAUGGAAAAAAAGAAUUGUUAUAUCCUUUAUUCAUGCUUGGAUGUUCUUUUU